CUGAAGCCCGUGGGGGGUUUAGUUGGUAAGAAAUUUAUGCCGCUGACGGAAAUACCACCGCCUAACGUCAAACACUCGCUGUCUGGAAGAAGACAUUUGGAAGAGGAGUGCAGCAAAAAACCGCCAUCAAGAGACGUACACGAAGGAAACCAGGUCGACAUUAUUGGAGAUUACUAUGAUGAUAAAGUUGCUAAGACAGUCGCUACAGUCAUCAUACCUGAUCAUAUAGAUUAUAAACAUUUCGAAGUGACAACCCAAGUACCGUAUUUGACGUUGGGUGUCAUAGAAGCUAUAGGUUACCAUCCAAGCACGUUAAAGAGUGAACAUCCUAGAGAAUGUGAGAAGAUAUACCAGGACCACAUAGAAGAAUUAUAUACUGACGAAACUACAGAUUAUUCUGAGGAAUCGUUGGAAAUGGCCAAAAUGCCGAUCGAAAUGCCGCAAUCAAUGGAAGACCGCCUCGCGAAUAUGUACGAUGACAUUUAA